GCUGCCGCAGCGCUAAGCCCCGGGCGGAGCUGCUGCGGGCUCCCGGGGUUCCUUUUUCCUCCCCGGCACCCUCCGGUUUUCCUCCUCCUCCUCUCCGCCCCUGCCGCCAGCAGCCCGACUACCGCUCCGCGGCUUCCCCAGUCGCGGGCACCCGGCGGCCGGGGCCGCUCGGUGCUCUCGCUGCAGCAGGGCAAGGGCUGGCGUGGAGUAGAGGGAGGGAAGAGGAGGAGGAGGAAGAGGCAGUGGCUGCCAAGCGCCCCUUCCUCCAGUUAAAUCUGUGCUGCCGUGUCCAGGUGCUGGUGCCGCGGACGGACACGGAGCCCCUAGCCCGGCCCGCAGCCGCCUUGUCAUGCUGCCCAAAGUGGAGACAGAGGCCCUGGGACUCGCCCGUUCGAAUGGGGAACAGGGGCAGAUGCCGGAAAACAUGCAAGUGUCUCAGUUUAAAAUGGUGAAUUACUCUUAUGAUGAAGACCUUGAGGAACUGUGUCCAGUCUGUGGAGAUAAAGUGUCUGGGUACCAUUAUGGACUUCUCACUUGUGAAAGCUGCAAGGGAUUCUUUAAGCGAACAGUCCAGAAUAACAAAAGGUACACAUGUAUAGAAAAUCAGAAUUGCCAGAUUGACAAAACACAGAGAAAACGAUGCCCUUACUGUCGAUUUCAGAAAUGUCUAAGUGUUGGAAUGAAACUGGAAGCUGUGCGAGCCGACCGAAUGCGUGGCGGUCGAAACAAGUUUGGACCAAUGUACAAGAGAGACAGGGCAUUGAAGCAGCAGAAAAAAGCUCUUAUCCGAGCUAAUGGACUUAAACUGGAAGCCAUGACUCAGGUGAUCCAAGCGAUGCCAACUGACCUGACAAUAUCCUCUGCAAUCCAGAACAUCCACUCUGCCUCCAAAGGCCUACCUCUGAACCAUACUGCCUUGCCUCCUACAGACUAUGACAGAAGUCCCUUUGUAACCUCUCCAAUUAGUAUGACGAUGCCGCCCCACGGCAGUUUGCAAGGUUACCAAACCUAUGGCCAUUUUCCAAGCCGUGCUAUCAAGUCCGAGUACCCUGACCCUUACACCAGUUCGCCAGAGUCAAUAAUGGGCUACUCAUACAUGGAUAGUUAUCAAACAAGCUCACCAGCAAGUAUUCCACACCUGAUAUUGGAACUCUUGAAAUGUGAGCCAGAUGAGCCACAAGUCCAAGCUAAGAUCAUGGCAUAUCUGCAGCAAGAGCAAGCCAACAGAAGCAAACACGAGAAGCUCAACACAUUUGGGCUUAUGUGUAAAAUGGCUGACCAAACCCUCUUCUCCAUUGUUGAGUGGGCUAGGAGUAGCAUCUUUUUUAGAGAACUUAAGGUUGAUGACCAAAUGAAGUUGCUUCAGAACUGCUGGAGUGAACUCUUAAUUCUAGAUCACAUUUACCGGCAAGUGGUACAUGGGAAAGAAGGCUCCAUCCUUCUGGUUACCGGGCAACAAGUGGAUUAUUCCAUAAUAGCAUCCCAAGCAGGAGGCACCCUCAACAAUCUCAUGAGCCACGCACAAGAACUAGUAGCAAAGCUUCGUUCUCUGCAGUUUGAUCUACGAGAAUUUGUAUGUCUCAAAUUCCUGGUGCUGUUUAGUUUAGAUGUCAAAAAUCUCGAGAACUUCCAGCUUGUGGAAGGUGUUCAGGAACAAGUGAAUGCUGCUCUGCUGGACUACACCAUGUGUAAUUACCCACAGCAAACAGACAAAUUUGGGCAGCUUCUCCUGCGGCUACCAGAGAUCCGGGCCAUCAGUAUGCAGGCCGAAGAAUACCUCUACUACAAACACCUGAACGGGGAUGUGCCGUGUAAUAACCUUCUCAUUGAAAUGCUGCAUGCAAAGAGAGCCUAAAUUAUACCCAUUAGAGCUUCUGCUUUCAAGGAAAACGAAAAAAAAAGGGAAAAAAAUAUAUAUUCUGAACUGCUCCAAGCAACACUAAUUAAAACGUGGUUUUAAGACUUUGGAAAAUGGUGUAAUAAUCAAAUACUAAUAGUAAAUAAGUGAUGUAUCAGGGUAUUUGUAUUGCAAACUGUGAAUCAUAUGCUACACAUCCCCAAAGGAAUCUACAUAGAACUUCAUACUGGAGUGACGUGAACUUACCAAGUGGAUACUCUUAUCAAUGUCAACGUGAAAAAGGACAGAAUGAUUCUUGUAUAUUUAACUCUGCUGAUUGCCACUAUGGAGAAACUUAGGAGAUCAAAACCUGAUCGAUAUUAUUGAGCUAUGGUAGUGGGGAAUUGGAGCGCACCGAAUUCCUCCACUGUACAGUAGGACUUCUGAAACACUUAGAUGCAAAACUGCAUCCGUAGCACCUCCUGUCAUCCUGCCAAGGACCCAACGCUUACCACUUCUGUGAUAAAUGAUGUGGCAUCCAUUCAACAACCUGUGAG